AUGGCUACUGCUACUACUACAAAAUCGGCUACGACACAGCCCGUGGUCACGAAAUGGUCUUCUCGAUAUCGUGGGGCCACCGUUGAGGACCUCGACCCUCCCGCCGCACUCUCCCUCAACCCGUCCGAUUCUAUCUCCCUCGCUCUCCUACAUGCCUUCGAGCGUGAAUACACGCACCUGACGAUUGCCGACUCCGAAACCCGCGCUCUUCUGGGUUAUCUCUCUAUCCCACAUCUGCAGUCUCUGCUCGACUCAGGCAAGGUCAAGCCUGACGACCAGCUCUCGGCCGCCAUGACACGAUUCCAACGUAAGGGCCGCACCUAUCAGGUCAUUACGAUGGAGACCACCCUCGAGGAGCUCGAAAGUUUCUUCCGCGGCGGAGUUCCUGACGGGCCCUGGAAGCAGGAGUUUGCUGUCAUUACUGAUGAGAAGAGGAGGUUUGUCUUGGGCGUUGCGACGGUGCAGGACCUUGAGGAGUUUGUGAAGCGAAGACCCGAGUAG